AUGCCCAGCCCGGCUAAGAAGAGGAAGCUGGACUAUGCAGGAAAAAACACCGCUGGGCAGUCAAAAGGGCUUGAAUUCUUCUUCUCCAAGCAACGACACAAUGCUGAGCAUGUCGUGUCUCCAGAAGUGGCUGCAAAGCUCGGCGAGACUUCCAGUGAGCUAACAGAUGAAGAGCUGGCUCGUAAGCUUCAGGCUGAAUGGAACUCAGAAAUCGUGAAUGAGAAUCAGGCGGGACUGCAGCGACCACAGAAUCACGAUCGUCCUCAAGCUUCGGUUGGCCAUACACAGACAGACUGCUCUCUAGCGCAGCAAGAUGCGGCAUCCUCCAAAGGGGAACAAAGGGCAGCAGGGAUACUGGCCUCAACGCUUACCCUCCAAUCGACAGGCAUGGCCGAAGAUGCCAUCACCAAUACUAUUCCUCUUGAUGAACCCCCCUUGACGUUUGAGCCUUCAAAGUAUACUGAACCGUUGAGGCGGCAUUGGGUAGCUGAUGGCGGAAACGCCUGCUAUGCUUUGCUUACGAGGUGUUUCGUGCUUGUAAGUGGCACGGCCAGCAGGAUAAAGAUAGUAGACACUCUUGUCAACUGCUUGCGCAUUCUGAUAGAAAGCGACCCUUCGAGUCUCUUGCCCGCUGUGUGGCUGGCGACGAAUUCAAUAUCCCCCGCGUACAUCUCUCUGGAGCUGGGACUAGGGGGCUCUGCAAUUUCCAAAGCUCUCAAGCAUGUCUGCGGGCUGGACAACAGGUCCCUCAAAGCUAUUUAUGACAAACAUGGAGAUGCCGGAGAUGUCGCAUUCGAGGCAAAAAAGAAGCAGAGUUUUACUCUGAGAAAGCCGAAACCGUUGACCAUCAAGGGCGUGUAUCAAUCAUUGGUUAAAAUCGCUAGGUCCCAAGGGCAGGGUAGCGCCGAGGCCAAACAGCGCAUUGUCGACAGGCUACUGCAAGACGCUAGAGGAGGUGAGGAAAGCAGAUUCAUUGUGCGCACUCUUUGCCAGCAUCUGAGAAUCGGUGCCGUUAAAACAACAAUGUUGAUUGCACUUUCAAGGGCUUUCCUCCUAUCUCGUCCACCGGAAGCAAGCUUCGCCAUCAGGCCGACGGAUGAGUUGUCAAAGUUGAAGAAGGAGGAACUGGCUGAGGUUUGGGGAAGAUCAGAGGAAAUUGUCAAGGCGUGCUUUGCACGACGACCCAACUACAAUGACCUGAUCCCAGUGCUCAUGGAAAUCGGCGUAACGGAAGAGCUGUUGAUCAGAUGCGGCCUGGCAUUACACAUACCGCUGCGACCCAUGCUGGGAAGCAUCACCAGGGAUUUAUCUGACAUGCUGACAAAGCUCCAAGGGAGAGAUUUUGCCUGCGAGUACAAGUAUGAUGGUCAGCGCGCUCAAGUUCACUGCGAUUCGAAAGGCAAGGUGUCCAUCUUUUCCAGACACCUCGAACUCAUGACGGACAAGUAUCCAGAUCUCGUGGAGUUGGUGCCCAAGAUACGGGGAGAAGGCGUCGGCAGCUUCAUCAUGGAGGGUGAAGUUGUCGCAGUAGAUCGUGAAAGCGGCCAUCUCAGGAAUUUCCAGACUCUGACUAACCGAGCGAGAAAGGAUGUGGAAAUAGGUAGCAUCAAAGUGGACGUUUGCUUAUUCGCCUUUGACUUGAUGUAUCUCAACGAGCAGCCACUGCUGGACCGUCCAUUCAGAGAGAGGCGGGAGUUGCUUCGAUCGCUCUUUGUCGAGGUGCCACAUCAUUUCACAUGGGUCAAGAGUCUCGACGCCACGUCGAGCGAUUCGGAAUCCGUCCUGGACUUCUUCAAAUCUGCCACUGAGAGCAAGUGCGAAGGAAUCAUGGUCAAGAUUCUGGAUAACCUUGUGGAUAUCCCGUACCUUGGGGGUAGCGAAGGGCAGGAAAGCGACAAAAGCGACAUGGCGUCAACGGCCAAGAAGGUCAAGGCCACACCGAGAAGGAAGACGGCACCGGGCGGGGAAGGCAACGAGGCGAAAGCCGGUUCCCGACGAAAACCCCUUCUUGCCACGUACGAGCCCGACAAGCGGCUGGAUUCGUGGCUCAAAGUGAAAAAGGAUUACAAUUCCAGUUUUGAGACCCUCGAUCUCAUCCCGAUUUCAGGGUGGCAUGGUCAGGGUCGAAAAGCAAAAUGGUGGUCUCCCGUUCUUCUUGCGGUGCGGAACGAAGAGACGGGCAUGCUGGAAGCCGUGUGCAAGUGUAUCUCGGGUUUCACCGACGCUUUCUACAAAUCCAUGAAGCAGUUUUACGACGACGGGGAAGAAGGCGGGGAGCGCAAAAACACCAGGGCUCAGAAGCCGAGCUUUAUAGACUACCACGGCCCUUCUCCUGACGUCUGGUUUGAGCCCCAGGAGGUUUGGGAGGUGGCGUUUGCCGACAUAACGCUCAGUCCGACGUACACGGCAGCCAUGGGGCUUGUGAGUGACGAGCGAGGGCUUAGCAUGAGGUUUCCACGAUUCCUCAGAAAAAGGGACGACAAGAGCUUGGAGGAGGCGAGUACGAAUGAGUUCUUGGCUGGACUGUAUAGAAAGCAGGAGACCAAAGCGGCGUCGGGCAAUGGAAGAGAGGGAAAAAAGGGCCUUGAAGGAGAGGAGAUGAUGGACGACGAGGAAUGA